UCUAAAAUGUGUCUCAUUUUGCAGGUGCUAUCAACAAAUUGUUCAACAUGAGUGAACAGUGCUUUUGUCUACGGUGGAAUAAUUACCAGAGCAGCGUGGUUGGGGUCUUACGCACACUGCUUGAGGAAGGACAUUUUGUUGAUGUCACUUUAGCAUGUGAUGGAAGACAGCUGAAGGCACAUAAGCUUAUGCUGUCAGCUUGUUCCAAUUUCUUCAGGGAUUUACUAAAGGAAAACCCCAGUGAACAUCCUAUUAUUUUUCUUCGUGAUGUAAGGUUUUGGGAACUAGAGUCUAUCAUGGACUUCAUUUAUAAUGGGCAGGUUAACGUUAUGCAGGAUCAGUUACCAGGUUUUAUUCGCACUGCUGAGGCCCUACAGAUCAAAGGGCUUGCAGCAGUAAAUAAUAAUAAUAACAACAUCCAUGCCAAGCCACCCGAUGCUAGGCACUUUUGUGGCGAAAUUGGCCGCCUGCCUGAGCCCUACUUGGGUGGUGGUGGGGAAACGGGGGGAGAGCCCCACCAGCCUCCACCUCUCAAGAGGCCUCGGAGACCCCUCCCUGCCACCCACACCCUCCUCCCACCAAGACCUGAAGUACAACCACUGGUUGGAAAAGUGCCUCAGGAAGACCUGAAUUCAAAAGCAGCCACAGCCACUGUCCCUUCACAAACAGCAGCCAAGCCUCAGGCACCUGUUUUGGAUACUAAUAGGACAGAUCCUGUCGCAGGAACAACUGCUCCAGGAACUGCUGUUAUAUCAGCACCUGCAGCCCGAGGUUCUUCUCUAGCACCAGGUGGAGACAAACCUGCUGUUGGGAAAUGUGAAGAUGACCAGACCCCCUCCCCAGAUGCAGAAUCAGACACGGAACUAGGCAGCAAUGAUAGCUCAUCACUUACUGAUAAUCCAAAAGAGGUUGAGUGGUCACCUGGAGACAGUCAAUCUACCCUUGGCCUUAAUUUCAACGAUGGAGGAUACCCCUUGUGUAAAGUGUGUGGAAAAGUGUUCAAGCAUCAGGGUUCUCUCGUCGCUCAUUAUCAGGUUCAUCAAUUGCGCACUAAAUGUCCAGUAUGCAAAAAGGUUCUGUCGCGACACUAUCAUAUGAAGGUACAUCUACUGACAGUACAUAAAGUACCGGACGCAGAAAUAGAAGGCCUUCUAAGGAGCCAAAAUAUUGUUUAGUAUAUAAUUCGAACGACAUGAAAAAUCAUAUUUUAUAUGUAAAUAAUAUAUAUAAAUAUAAAUAUAUACCAGACAAAUGUUACAGCUUAUUGUUUUGUAUAUUAAACAAUAAAAUAUUCUUUUCUACAUACUUUUAAUUUUAUGUAAAAUAAUUAUGUAUUAUAAAUAUCCAAUAUAGCAUCUGUGCAAGACUUGAAAAGCAAGAGUGGUUGCUCUUCUCUGGAUCUCAUGUAUGUUGUUUGUUUUGUUUUUUGAAAAAGGUUUAUAGGCUAAGUUCAAAGUGUUCCCUAUAUACUUUACAAUAUAUGAAAUCGGCAUGAUAUUACAAAAUUAUGAGUAUGUAAUUCAAUUCCUAAUGUUUCCUUUUUAAUACUUUGCCCACCUCCCUCGCCCACUACCCCCUCUUUCCCUUUCUUGCUAUCUUCUCUUGCUCUUUGUAUACUGUAAGACAUCUUAGAAAAAAUAUUAAUGUAAAUAAAAUAUAAAACCAGAGCAUGGGAUGACCCACACAAUGUAUAUUUAUGUUUGAAGACAUUUUUGUAGACUUAAAGACGGGAAAGGGGCAUUUAGGAUUGAAUAUGGUGUCUGGAUUCUGUAGGGAAGUAUGUUCAGAUAUUUAUUUGACACAUUUUUGUUUGAAAAUAUGAUUAAACAAAAAAGAGAAAUUACAUCCAAGUGUAUCUUAUAUAAAGAAUGGCACUUCAUAGAAACAAAAAAAUAGAUUAUUAUUAUCUGUUAUUGAUAUAUUAUCACAGAUUGAGGUGCUAAGUCCUGUAUGGUUUUGAUUAGUUUUCAUUCUUCCAGGACAUUAAUUUAACUAGGAACUAUGUAAGCAGUCGAUAUUAAUCACUCAUCAAGGUGGUGAUUGUUAUGAAAUUACCCCCAUUUAGAGGCAGGUGAAGACAAUAACCUCAGCGAAUAAAGUAUUUGGUAGUAUUUGGUGCUUUGUGGACAACGCUUCCAGAUUUUUCUUUUUAUUUAAUGAUCCAGGUGUUUUUAAAUAUUUCCUUGUGUUUUUGGAAGACCUUAUUGUUUUAAUGUAAAAGACCCAGUCAUCAUUAUUUAAGUUUUAUCAGAUCACAUUUCAUAUUAUGAAUGUAAGCAAUAUUAGUGCAAUUUACUUAAAAUUGAAAGUUAAAUAAUUAAAUUCUUGGUAUGUAAGAAUUAAUUUAAAGUGAGUUAGAUCAUUGUAGAUUUUAAGAAUAGUAGAACCUGAAGCAGAUUGUAGUAUAGUACAUUAUGCAAGUUAAGAUAAAGUUUCUGCUGUCUUUUAAAGUAUCUUGUAAUAUAGUUACCAAAUGAAUAUGUUACCAUAUAAUAUUUAGUAUGAAUUUUCUCCAGAAAAUGUAAAAUGACUUGAUUUUAAAAAAUCAAUAGCCUGAGACUGUUUACUGUAUUCACAGAAAGGAAAAUGUAGUAUUUGUCUGACAUUCCAUUAGCAUUGCUUAUUGUAGAAUACUACCACAGUAAAGUGAAAUUUAGAAACUUGUUCAUGUAACUAAAGAUUUUAAAAGAUUUUAGAAGAUAUAUAUGUACACAAAUACAAGAAUGUAUAAAAUCUAUAAAUGGUUUUAGGAAAGAUUCUUUUUUUCUUUUUUUUUUUGUAAUAGCUCCCACAUACUGAUUAUGUACUUUAAUGUCCUCAUUUGCAAUCCUUUGUAUUUCAAGCUCAUUCUGAUACUACAGAAUGUACUCUUAGCAUCACAACAGAGCUCUUUAAGAGGGAGCUUUGCAACUUUUAAUUGACUGCAAGUGAGAAAUUAUCACGACCUAAGGUGGCAGUAAUUUUACAUUAUUUAAUACUGGUGAAGGGCAAAUUGAUUAGAAAACCAAUCAUUGCUUUAUUAAUUAUUUUUUGCAUAUGAUAAUCGUAUCAUUAAACUGUUCAGGUGAAAUGGAGUUGCAACUUUUUUUUUUUUUUUUUUUUUUUUUUUUUUCAAUACAUGUUAUGUUACACUAUUGACAAGUACAAAGGACUAUCCAGAUCUUCUGUAUUAUAUGUAAAAAGUAGUUAUAAUAAUAACCUUAUGUGAAAAUAUUUUAUUUGUAUCAUUUUUAUGUUUUGCACUCAUAAAGAUAGUUGUGGUAA